AAAUGUCGGAUAGACAGAACACGAGCGAGAAAAGCGAGACUCUACCCAACGUGCACUACGGGGAGUACGUGAGAGAAUGCGAGAAGGUCCGAAAUCUUCCAUACUAGUCUGGAUUUCGCUACUGUCAUAGGCGAGAAACGACUCCGUGACCUGGACCGGUAAAUGUCCUAGUAAAAAUAUACAAGUGACAUCGAGAGAACGGUGACGUAUAUCUUUGUUAUUUUAAGAACCAGUGACUUGAAAUUUGGCAUGCAAGUAGUUAAAACAUUAAUCUAUGCAAGGAAAACGACAAAUUACGCAUAGCUUACCUAGUUUAAGAUUUUUUAGGCAUUUGAAGCGGGUGGUUAGUUUUUUUUAUCUGUGUCAGAGUUAGACCCCUUUCUAUAUUUAUGGUAUCACAGAGUUCGGGCCCAAAACGGGCUUAGCCCCUGUGAAUACACCUAUUAUUUAAAGCCUUUCAUCAGUGUAUGAGGGCAGUGAAGUUUAAGAACACAUAUUGUUUUAUACUGUUGCUGAACAUUAGAAUUUAGCUUAGAUAUUUAGAACAGUAAUUUUUUUUUUCUAGAUUUCAUAGCCCAUGGAAGUAGUGAUACUUUUUCACUAGUAUUCAGUUGACCGAUAAGGCCUGGGGGCCUCUUGUUGUAUUUACAACACAGUACUAGAUUUACCGCUUUUGAGUAGUCAACAUUUCAAGUUGAAGAAUUUAUACUUACUAUAUGAAGUAAUUUUGUUCACCGGUUUUAAUAUUGUCUAUAAAACAUCGCAAUCCGGGACCGUCGGGAGUCGGCAGUACUAGAUUUACCGCCCACCUAAUAGAUGAACCCAAGGAGAUGACUCACGCCUGCGCGGCGUAAAUAGCCAUUUCCGGUGUUUUGAAGCUAUGUGAAGUAGGAAGCGACUCAAAAUGACAAAUACUGUGAAUACCAUCACUGUCCUCUUAUUUGUCUCCAUCUCACUAUAUCAAUCAUGCUCUGCCAUUAUGUGUCACCGUUGCGUCAGUGCUAUGGGCGGCUGUGGAGAUGACUUGGACUGGAGAAUGUUUCCAUGGCGAGAUUGUGGAGAUUCGGAAUUCUGUGUCAAAAUUAUUAAAAAAGUUGGAAGUGAAUACAAUAUUGUAAGAGAUUGUGAAAGUAGCCUUAUGAGGUCAACACGUCAUCGUCUCCUGAUGCCUAACUUGCGUCGUCAUGGCUACUGUUUGCCAGCCAGAAAGAAUGAUGCCUACAAACCAAUGGACACAGAGGACGAGAAAGUGAUGUACUGCUUCUGCAACGAUUGGAAUGGUUGUAAUUCUGCUUCAAGAUUGUCUUCCAAAUUAACUGUUAUUUCCUUACUGUCCACCAUCAUUUCUUACUCAGUCCUCAAAGUGCUGUGAUGCUGAACAUUGUAUAAGUCCUUCAUUUUCUUUCAGAAAUUUAGUGCAGAAGUUGCAAGUUAUUUAUAAAAGCAAAAUAUAAUGAUUUUCUUUCAAUUUAUAUUUACAAUUAGACCCAUAAGCAUGAUCAAUAGGAAAAUUGUUUUUGGAAGUAUAUGUUAAGGAAAAAAUGUCUGAACUAGAAAGGGUCCCCUCCCCCAAAUUUUCUGGAUCCACCCCUGAGUGAUCUUAUUACUCUAUGUAUUCAGUGUUACAUUCCAGUUUUGUUUUAUACACUGAUUCCGCAAAUGUAAUUUUGUACACAUUAAUAAUCACAGUCUUUAUGAUAUAAUUCAUGUAUGUAUGCAGUUUCUACGGUGUAUAUUUGUAUAUUGAUAUCAUGUCAUUUCAUAUCUUGUAUAUAUAGACAUUAUUUACAUAUAGACAUGUUUUUAAUGCAUAUCAAAUCAUGUAAAUACCUUUUCAUAUUAAACCAAUAGGAAUUUAUGUAGACAUGUUUUUUAAUAUCAUGUAAAAACACCUUUUCAUAACCAAUGUGAAUUUACUCUCAAAUCUGAUUUAAUACAUGUAUGUGAUAUCCUUCAUUUUUAGAUUUUUAUAGUUUUUCUGCAAACAUAUCAGAUGUUGUCACCUUUUUUCAAAGAGAUAAAUGGUUAUUGUUCCUCAGCCAUAAGUUUUAGUCUCCAUCAAGGGGUAGGUAACUCAUACUGUGUUUGUAUCUACACUGCAUCCAGGUAGCGGAGCUUUGAGUCACCAAUGUUUUCUAGAGAUAGGAAGAAUACACAAGAAAAAAGAGAAAAGCCCCCAUGUACAUAACAAGCAACACCCACUCUCAUUUUCCAAACUUGAGAUGUUAGUAGGAGUUGUCUUUUGUAGUAGCGACUGACCAUGACUUGGGAACGGCCAAUUAUUUAAUUUAUACAUGUUUGGUUGUAUCAUAGUAUUUUUAUAUUCCAUGUACUUUUUUUUUUUGCAAAUAAGGUUGUGAAUAUUGUUAAUACAUUCCAAUUUUAACUUUUGAAAUUUAAAAAUUUUGUAUUUACAGUGGCAUAUAAAUUAAAAUGGUGUCAUCUGAAUACUUACAGAAGUGUAAAUUGAGGCAGUAGAAACAUGUAUAUGAAGUAUUGUAUUGGUUAUGAUCGCAGAUGCUGGUACUAUCACUUUUAGACUUUUGAACUGUUGUUAAAUACAAGAUCAGUGUCAAUAUGGUUUUGUUUUCUGUAUUAUCAAGAAUGCAUACCUUACAAAUAUACAUGUAUAGGAUUUUGAUAGUGAUUGGUAAAACGAAUUUAUUUUAAGAUAUUUUUUUUAUUCAGGAAAUAAAUGAAUGAUUUAUUA